AUGCUUAAAAUUUUGAUCAUAGUGAUCUUUGUCGGAAUUGCGAGCGGUCAUGGAAGAUUAGCUUUGCCGCCUGGUCGAAGUUCGGCAUGGCAACUUGGUUUUAAUACACCAAUCAAUUAUAACGAUUGGGGACUGAAUUGUGGUGGAUAUCAACAUCACUGGGUAAUGGGUGGAAAAUGUGGUGUAUGUGGUGAUCCAAUCGAUGGACCUCGAGAUAAUGAAGCACCUAAUGGUAAAUAUUUUACAGGCAUUACGACACAUACUUACGAACCUGGAUCAGUGAUCGAUGUCCGUGUUGAGAUGAAAGCUAACCAUAGGGGAUGGUUCUUUUUCAAGAUCUGUCCGGUGACAAACAAUCUUCAUGAGGUGACUCAAGAAUGUUUGGAUCGAUAUCCAUUAGAAAUCGUCGAAGCACCCACUACACCCACCACUCGUGAUCGCUGGGACAUUCCAGGCACUUAUACGCACAGUAUUGCUCCUGGCUGGGAUCUUCCAUCGUAUUCUUUCAAAGUCAAACUACCUGAUGGUUUGACAUGUGAUCGAUGUGUUUUACAGUGGGAUUGGACGUGUGCAAAUCGUUGGGGUACAAGCGAAGGCAAAACAGGCUUAGGCUACGGCCCACAAGAAACCUUCCGAGGUUGUGCAGAUGUUCGUAUUGAACACUGA